AUGGUAACCGAGUCUUGCAUUCGUCUUCUAUAUACCUGCAGAAACGUUUUUCAUAUCAGACAAGUUCACGCCAAUGUCUUAAUCAAUGGAACAUUCAAUGAUCUCAUUCUUGCAAACAAGCUUCUUUACUUCUAUGUCCAACAUAAAGCCAUUAGUGAUGCACAUCAUCUGUUUGAUGAAAUGACAACGAGAGACCCAACAACUUGGAGUGUAAUGGUUGGUGGAUUUGCCAAGCUUGGUGACUAUUCCAAUUGCUAUACAACCUUUAGGGAGAUUCUCAGAAGUGGCGUUACACCUGAUAACUACAGUUUGCCUUUUGUGAUAAGAACUUGUAGAGACAGAAAGGACUUCCAAAUGGGUCAAAUGAUUCAUGGUGUUGUGUUGAAACAUGGGUUGCAAUUGGAUCAUUUUGUUUGUGCUACACUUGUGGAUAUGUAUGCUAAGUGUAUGGUGAUUGAGGAUGCUCGGAAGUUGUUUGAUGUAAUGCUUAGUAAGGAUCUUGUGAGUUGGACGGUUAUGAUCGGUGCUUAUGCGGAUUGUGAUGCUUAUGAGUCGUUGGUUUUGUUUGAUCGGAUGAGGGAAGAAGGUUUUGUUCCUGAUAAGAUUGCUAUGGUGACUGUUGUUAACGCGUGUGCGAAAUUGGGAGCUAUGCAUAGGGCUAGGUUUGUUAAUGAGUAUAUUUGUACGAAUGGUUUGUCUUUGGAUGUGAUAUUAGGGACUGCAAUGAUUGAUAUGUAUGCCAAGUGUGGAUGUGUUGAGUCUGCAAGAGAGGUUUUCGAUAGGAUGAAAGAGAAAAACGUGAUUUCGUGGAGUGCCAUGAUCGCUGCUUAUGGAUAUCAUGGGAAGGGGAAGGAAGCUCUUGACUUAUUUCAUAUGAUGUUGAGCUGUGGAAUUUUGCCGAAUAGGAUCACCUUUGUCUCUGUCCUAUAUGCUUGUAGUCAUGCCGGAUUGACUGAAGAGGGUAUUCGCUUCUUUGAUUCAAUGUGGGAAGAUUACGCAGUUAGACCUGAUGUCAAACAUUAUACUUGUCUGGUCGAUCUUCUUGGACGUGCAGGGAGGCUAGACGAGGCAGUAAAAUUGAUCGAGAAAAUGACUGUUGAAAAAGAUGAGAGACUGUGGAGUGCUUUGCUUGGUGCAUGUAGAAUUCACGGGAACAUGGAGUUGGCAGAAAAAGCAGCUAAUUCUCUACUCGAACUACAGCCCCAAAAUCCAGGGCACUAUGUAUUACUGUCUAAUAUUUACGCAAAAGCUGGUAAAUUUGAGAAAGUGGCAGAAUUUAGAGAUAUGAUGACACAGAAGAAGCUGAAAAAAGUUCCUGGAUGGACAUGGAUUGAAGUGGAUAACAAAACCUAUCAGUUUGGCGUCGGGGAUAGAUCUCAUCCUCAAUCAAAUGAUAUCUAUGAAAUGUUGAUGAGUGUAAUUAAGAAGUUGGAGAUUGCCGGUUAUGUGCCUGAUACAGAAUUUGUGUUGCAAGAUGUUGAGGAGGAAGUUAAGAAAGAAAUGUUGUAUACACAUAGCGAAAAGCUUGCUAUUUCAUUUGGUUUAAUUGCCAUCCCGAAAGACGAUCCCAUUAGGAUCUCUAAAAACCUUAGAGUCUGCGGUGAUUGUCACACAUUUUGUAAGAUGGUAUCAGACAUCAUGAGAAGGUCCAUAAUUGUUCGGGACGCCAAUCGGUUUCACCAUUUUAAUGAAGGGGCUUGCUCAUGUGGAGACUAUUGGUAG